GCGGAGUAGCGGAGCUGGCUAACCCGGGGCUAGCAGUCUGACCAGCAUUUCCCCUCUUUCUUGGAGGGGGGUUAAACGUGAAGAUACGGCCGUGCUGCGCCGUCCACCCCGGCUGUUCUGAUAGCUGCCAUGCCGGUGCACUCACGGGACAAAAAAGAAAGCAACCACGAAGAAAUGGAGGUGGACUUUCCCGAGCAAGACGGCAGCAGCACAGACGAGGAGGACACGGUUAGCUCGUCCGUGUCUGAAGAUGGAGACAGCUCAGAGAUGGAUGAUGAGGACUGCGAGAGGAGGAGGAUGGAGUGUCUUGAUGAGAUGACAACGCUUGAAAAACAAUUCACGGACUUGAAGGAGCAGCUGUAUAAGGAGCGUCUGAGCCAGGUGGAGAUAAAGCUGCAGGAGGUGAUGGCUGGCUGUGCCCAGGAGUACCUGGAACCACUGGCCAACCUGCAAGAGAACAUGCAGAUUAGAACUAAAGUAGCUGGGAUCUAUAAAGAUUUGUGCCUGGAGUCGGUGAGGAACAAACAUGAUUGUGAAAUCCAAGCUGCUUGCCAGCACUGGGAGAGUGAGAAGUUGCUGCUUUUUGACACUGUGCAAAGUGAGCUGGAGGAGAAGAUAAGGAGAUUAGAGGAGGACCGGCAUAGUAUUGACAUUACCUCAGAGUUGUGGAACGAUGGACUGCAGGCUCGGAAGAACAAGAAAAAAGAUCCAUUCUGUCCUGUGAAGAAGAAGAAACCCGUCGUCGUGUCUGGACCUUAUAUUGUUUACAUGCUACAAGACCUGGAUAUUCUUGAAGACUGGACCGCCAUAAGAAAGGCGAUGGCUUCUUUGGCGCCGCACCGGGUGAAGGUGGAUGAAGUCCCUGCGGUGAAAGCGGACAGACAUCACCACGUGGCGCGCUCUGAGGAAGGUCGACUUUUCUACGACAACCAGUGGUACUGCCGAGGUCAGACCAUCUGCAUCAACAGGAAGGACGAGUUUCCAACCAGUGCCAUCAUCACCACGAUAAACAACGAUGAGGUGUGGUUCAAGCGAGCGGAUGGCACCAAGUCCAAGCUGUACAUCUCCCAGCUGCAGAAAGGCAAAUACACCAUCAAACACUCGUAGAGGAGACUAGAAAAACACUAUCACCCCCCCACCACCACCCCUUUCAUACUCAUCUCCACUGUCUUGUUCUGUGUUGCAACUCUUCAGUCUAAAUGCUAACAGAUAUCUACUGAUGCUUUCUGCAUGAGAGUAUCGUUCCUGUAAUGUGAGAAAUAAAGCUCCACCGCCACAAAGCGUCGUCUUCUCUGGAGCGGAGAGCGACGCAAAGUGCUGCUAAUGAGAAAAAAGCAGGGGGAGACGAGCUAACCGUGAGGCGAACAGCUCAGUCGAGUGCCUUUCCUUUUCCGAGGCAGGACGCCGCCUCCGCUGAAGGCCGCAGAGGGAGGAGGCGGGUAGAAAGGGUUGACCUAUCAACGCAGCGAAGCCUUACCCAACGCUGCAUUCACUGGCAGCAGGAGAACUGAAGCGGGUCAGCGAGCGUUUGGACUUGAAACCCUCUGAACUUGAAUUUUCUGUUCCAGUCCCAUUUUGGGAACGCCUCCCUUAGCAACAUAUCACAUCAUAAUGUGCAAAUCAACUUGUGCUACAUGAUCUCUUGAUGUUUUUUUGUAACUUUGAUUUCUAAGCACUACACAGAGGCCCCCCCCACUCCAAGCAGAAGCUGAGGUGGGGGGGCUAAUCUGUAUAUAAAAACAUUGUUUUCUGUGAUUUCUAAUGUUGCCAAACAGCUAAAGGUACCUCCUCCUUCAGGAUCUAAGACAUGGAGUUAAAAAGAGGUAUUUUGGCCACCCUCUGAUGUGUAAUGCGCUGUGCCAUCCUUCUACUCAUGUUUGUCGUUGUGCCCUUUGUUUUAAGUGAGAAUCUUUUUAUUUUUAUGUUUGAACAAAUAUAGAACAAUUCUGUUUGUGUAUGUGUUACAUUUCAGCAAGUUUGUGUUCUUUCUAGAGCUUUAUCUGACUUUUAACUUUGUCCAAAUCAAGUAUUAGCAGUCAGCAGUAUUGUGUUCAGAGGUACCAAUAAGGGAAGCCUUGCGGGGCUUUUUUUGAGAAAUAACUUGUCAUCUUAAAUCUUUUUUUGCUUUUUUUACUUGAUGCAUUAUGUUUAUUGUACAUGAAACAAUCAAAAAAUAAAAACCUGAAAUCUUACCC